AUGGAACGACAGGGAGUGGACAUGCCCCUCACCCAAUGCAAGGACCAGGAGCCGCGGUCGCUGGGGGCGAGCAGGGAGCAGCAGCGGGGCGAGGAGAGCCGCGAAAAGGAAGCUGGUUGGGAGCCAGCUAGUGCCAAUCACCAGCUGAUGAUGCUGGAAGGGAAGUCAGGACCCUACUUUUCUUCUCUGGACUCGAGCAUUGAGAUCCUGAAGAAAAGGGCCCAGGAGCUGAUCGAAAGCAUCAAUGAGAGCAGGCAGAAGGACCAUGUGCUCAUGACCAACUUCAGGGACAGCCUCAAGAUCAAGAUUUCAGAUCUGACAGAGAAGUUAGAGGAGAGGCUGUAUCUAAUUUAUAAUCACCACAACAAGAUCAUUCAGGAAAAGCUCCAAGAGUUCACCCAGAAAAUGGCAAAGAUCAGCCAUUUGGAAACAGAGCUCAAACAAGUGUGCCACACUGUGGAGACCGUGUACAAAGACUUCCAAGACCUGUGUGUCCAGCCAGAGGUAUGA